AUGCCGUUGCAGCCUCCCGACCUGGCCGAGUCCGAGCCUGCGCCCGGCGACUCAACUCACACAAUCAGGCUCGCUCCAGACCUGUCCCUCGCCAUACAGCACGACGCCCUCCUCAUCCAAGAUGGCAGGCCGCGUGCUGCCAAGAAAAGCAGGACGUGCGGUUUUGGCUCGUCAGGUGCCUCACAGCCUCCUCCUCCACAGCGCAUUCCCCUCUACAACAUCCUCUGGGCCGAGCUCGACGAUGACCGCCGCACCCUGACCAUCGACUACGCCCGUGAGGCCUCCAAGACACUCCGCCGGGCUGCCAAGCUGUCAUUCUCCUUGAGCCCCGAGGCUGCGUCGCCCGACCAAGUCUCCGAAUGGGUACAGCACCUCGUGGCCCGCUCUUACGGGCCGGCCCCCCGCCGGAGACGCGCCUACGUUCUGGUUAACCCGCAUGCCGGGCCGGGCGGCGCGGUCAAGAUAUGGGAGAGCCAGGUCAAGCCUAUAUUUGAGGCGGCGCGCAUGUCCCUGACGGUUCAUGAGACCACCUUCUCCGGCGAGGCUGUCGGCCUGGUCGAGAAUAUGGACAUUGACCAGUUCGACAUUGCUGUGCCCUGCAGCGGCGACGGCCUUCCCCACGAGGUCUUCAACGGCCUGGGCAGGCGCCCCGACGCCAGGCGAGCCCUGCAGAAGAUAGCCGUCGCCCACAUCCCCUGCGGCAGCGGUAAUGCGCUCGCCUGCAACGUGUUCGGUACCCACAGGCCCUCCCUGGCCGCCCUAGCCAUCGUCAAAGGUGUCGCCACCCCGCUCGACCUGAUCAGCAUCACCCAGGGCGACAGGCGCAUCCUGUCGUUCCUCAGCCAGGCGCUGGGCAUCAUGGCCGAGGCCGACCUUGGCACAGAGCACCUGCGCUGGAUGGGCGAGCACCGCUUCACCUACGGCGUCAUCAUGCGGAUUCUAAAGAAGAAGGUCUACCCAUGCGACCUGUGGGCCAAGGUGGACAUCGACCACAAGGACGGCGUCAGAGACCACUACAGGCGGGAAAGGGAGAACACCUCGGUCCUGGAGCUCGACAAGAUGACCCCCUCGCUCGGCCCCGGGACACAGGCCAGCAAUGGCCAGAGCUCUGUUGCUGAUUCGGAUGAGGCGACGCGGAACGACGACGCCACCGGGCUGCCGCCCUUGAGAUACGGCACAGUCAAUGAUAAACUGCCCGAGGGGUGGGAGAAGGUUGGAGCGGACAAGGUGGGGAACUUCUACUGUGGAAACAUCGCCUACAUGGCUCCCGAUGUCAUCUUCUUCAACGCCGCCUGGCUCAAUGACGGGCUGAUGGACCUCGUCACCGUCGACGGCGACGUGCCUACACCCAAGGCUCCGGGCCUUCUCCUAUCCGUCAGUAACAACUCCUUCUUUGAUAAUCCUCUCGUCACGUACCGCAAGGUCUCGGCAUUCCGCAUCAUCCCAAAGGACCAAAAAGAUGGGUACAUUAGCAUCGAUGGCGAGAAGGUCCCAUUCGAGCCGUUCCAGGCAGAGGUACACCAGGGUCUGGGCAUGGUGAUCACCAAGCGCGGCGUCAUGGAACACGUCGGCCCUAGGGAUUGGGACCGGGUUACGACAAGCCAGAGGUUGAUGGCUUAG